AUGGACCGAACCAGAGAUAGGGAUGAAGCGGGGCGCCAACAGCUUGGUUCCAGCUCAGGAACCUCAAGCUGCGGAAAAUCGAACCUUUGGAAGGAGGAAGGAGGCAUGGACGAGCUUCUCGCUGUGGUGGGUUACAAGGUGAGGUCCUCUGAUAUGGCGGAAGUGGCGCAGAAGCUGGAGCGUCUUGAUGAAGCUAUGGAAAACGUUCAAGACAGUCUCACGGAACAUUCAAACGAUGCCUUUUAUUACAACCCCUCUGACAUCUCCAAUUGGCUCGAGACCAUGCUUUACAAUUUCGACUCCCAUCCUCCAGAAGAAUCAAAUAAGGACUCCGCCUCCUCCGACUACGAUCUCAAGGCUAUUCCCGGGAAAGCAAUCUACGACGGUGGUGUUAGUACUACGUCAAACCCUAAGCGCCUCAAAUCUGUUGAGUCAACGAGCACGGUUGUGGUCGUUGACUGGCAAGAGAACGGGAUCCGCCUCGUGCACAGCCUGAUGGAGUGUGCGGAGGCCGUCGAAAACAACAACCUCCCCGUGGCGGAGGCGCUGGUGAAGCAGAUCGGAUUCCUUGCUUUGUCGCAGGUCGGAGCUAUGCGGAAAGUCGCCACCUACUUCGCGGAAGCACUCGCAAGGCGAAUCUACCACGUUUUCCCUCUCCAGCACUCGCUCUCCGACACGCUUCAGACUCACUUCUACGAAUCCUGUCCUUAUCUCAAAUUCGCUCACUUCACUACCAACCAGGCUAUUCUCGAAGCUUUCCAAGGGAAAAGCCGCGUUCACGUCAUAGAUUUCGGAAUCAACCAGGGGAUGCAGUGGCCGGCACUGAUGCAAGCCCUAGCUCUUCGUACCGGCGGUCCUCCUGCUUUCCGGCUCACCGGAAUCGGACCUCCCGCAGCAGAUAACUCUGACCACCUCCAGGAAGUUGGAUCGAAGCUGGCACAGUUUGCGGAGACGAUUCACGUGCAGUUCGAGUACCACGGCUUCGUCGCCAACUGUCUGACCGAUCUCGACGUAUCCAUGCUCGACCUCCGAGAAGAUGAAUCCGUAGCACUUAACUCCGUCUUCGAGUUUCACAAGCUCCUCGCGCGCCCCGGCGCCGUCGAGAAGGUCCUCUCUGUUGUCCGACAGAUUCGGCCGGAGAUUCUGACCGUGGUGGAGCAAGAAGCGAAUCACAACGGACUGAGUUUUCUGGACCGGUUCACUGAGUCGCUGCACUAUUAUUGCACUUUGUUCGACUCGCUGGAGGUUUCACCUGUGAAUCCACAGGAUAAGGCGAUGUCGGAGGUUUACUUGGGAAAACAAAUCUGUAACGUGGUGUCCUGCGAGGGAAUGGAUCGCGUGGAACGGCACGAGACCCUAAACCAAUGGCGGAACCGGUUCAGUUCUGCCGGGUUUUCUCUCAUUCAUUUGGGUUCCAACGCGUUCAAACAGGCUAGCAUGUUGCUCGCGCUCUUUGCUGGUGGGGAUGGGUAUAAGGUGGAGGAGAACAAUGGGUGUCUAAUGCUGGGAUGGCACACAAGGGCCUUGAUUGCCACAUCCGCGUGGCAACUCGCUGCAAAAUCGGUGGUUACGCUCUGA